GGGCGGAGUCAGAGGAGCCAGGGAAGGAACAAAGCGCGGCCUGCGGGUGGCGGCUGCGCUGGGCCGGCCGGGCCCGGAGGUGCCGAGCCUGCGGGCGGCGACCCGGGCAGGGCAAAGCUUUGCGGGGAGGAAGGUGGUAUCGCCCUCUGCGCCGGCACGGCCAUGAACGGGCUGCCCUCUGCUGAGGCUCCAGGCGGCGCGGGCUGCGCCCUAGCCGGGCUCCCGCCGCUACCGCGCGGCCUCAGCGGCCUCCUCAACGCGAGCGGGGGCUCGUGGCGGGAGCUGGAGCGCGUCUACAGCCAGCGCAGCCGCAUCCACGACGAGCUGAGCCGCGCCGCCCGGGCCCCAGACGGGCCACGCCACGCCACCGGCGCCGCCAGUUCGGGGCCAGCCUCCGGCCCGCGUCGCCCAGUCAACCUCGACUCGGCACUAGCCGCGCUGCGCAAGGAGAUGGUGGGGUUACGGCAGCUGGACAUGUCGCUGCUGUGCCAGUUGUGGGGCCUGUAUGAAUCAAUCCAGGACUACAAACACCUGUGCCAAGACCUGAGUUUAUGCCAGGACCUGUCAUCUUCCCUGCACUCGGACAGCUCCUAUCCACCGGAUGCCGGCCUCUCUGAUGACGAUGAGCCUCCUGAUGCCAGCCUGCCCCCUGACCCACCACCCCUCACUGUGCCCCAGACACAUAAUGCCCGAGAUCAGUGGCUGCAGGACGCCUUUCACAUCAGCCUUUGAACAGCUGGGGUGGGUGGGAAUGCACCCAUGCAAAAGGGUCAAAACUCGCCCCUGAGCAUGUCCUCAGAAGACAGUGCCUGCUCUUCCACCUGUAUCACCUCACCUCAGGAGAGCCAGGCAUAUGCCUCUCAGGCAAAACUGCCAACCCCCUCCUGGUUGGUUGGCACUGGGUGGGCACCUGGGUUGCCAUGAUAUUGGGCCUCUUCUCUACAUAUGUGCACCCCCAGCUUGGCGAUGGGGCCCGAAGUAUCUUGCACUCUGCUUGGCAUCACUGGGAUUGGGAUGAGUGCCUGGCUCCUAUCUUUUUUUCAUCUUUUGCUGCUACUGGCAGCUGCUGGCUCAGGGGCAUUCCACCUCUGGUCCCUGGGAUCCACUGCCCUGGAUAAGGGCCUCAGGACCCAUGCCUGCACACACCCAAGUCCAUAACAGGCUAAGGCCCCAUGCUGGAUAUUUUAAGUUUAGGGGCCAGCCUCCUGGGCUGGUAAAUAAAUAAAUAAAUA